AUGGCUGACCCCAUAAGCUUAGUUGGCCUGACCGCAGGCCUGGUGUCGCUGGGCCUGCAGGCGUCCGGGGGCAUCGUAAAGUAUCUCGACGCGUUGGAAUGCCGCGAGGAAGACAUCGCCUCUGUGCGACAGCAGAAUGCCUCUUUGGACCAGGUAUUACGCGUGGUUGGAGAGGCGAUAUCCCGAAUUCUGCCCGAACAUCAAGCAUCGACCGCAGCAGUGCAGGCUUCUCUCGACACAUGCAAGAGGCAGUUGAACGCUCUGAAUGCUCUUGUCGUCAAGCUUGCUGGUUCUGACCAGCCCGCCCCCGCCACUGGCACUCCGGUGGCCAGAGUCAAACGCCAUGGCACGAGACUCCUUUAUCCGUUCAGACGUCAGAAGAUCGAGCAGCUGGCGGAGCGGCUGCGCGAGUCCAAUACCGCUCUUCAGCUCGCUCUACAGGCUCUUAGCAUGACUACGACGCAAUCCCUCCAGUCGACUUCUUACGCCAUCUCCUCCACUCUUGUCACCUUGGACUCCAAGGUCACGGCAAUGAGCAUGCCUCUACAAAACCUCCAUGACGGUCUUCCCUCUCUGCAAACACAGCUUGAUACCAUGGAGUCUCUCCUCAGGCAGCUGGUCGCUGAUGCUCAGCGGCCUUCAGCAGAAGCUGCCCAAUAUCUCUACUCAAACGAGAUCACUGGCCGAUUAGUUAGAAAGCCGGAUGUCCUGAGGAAGUUCUGCGAUACUGCUAGGGUGCCGAACCCCAGCUGCAGCGGUCUGACGUUCCCAAUCACUCGUGGGAGAGAGCAGUUUCGCAAUAUCGUGUCGUCGCUCACCGGAGGCCGCUUCGGUUGUUCCUGCUGGCCACUCACCCUGCGCCAACGCAAGGACAUCGUCUGGGGUUCAUUGGCCGUCCACUUCGAGACAAGCGCACACGAACAUUCACCCGGAUGCCCUUUCGCUGGGGCGAUAGACAAAGAUCGAAAGCAACACCUUCGCGUCGAGUUCACCGGAUUAAGGCGCCUACUCAACGUGGCUGUUCAGUUGUCAUUUGCAGCAAAAUCUGGCGCCGGAGGGUGGAGUAUCAGCCCAGACUUCACCUACUAUCCCACCGUGGAUGAACAUAGCGCGCCGGCAUUUCGGAUCUUAGAGUGGUUACGGUAUGCGACAGUGAUGAACUGGAGACUUGGCGAAAUUCCGGACCAGUGGAUGACUACCCUAGCCGCUUCAGCAGUGGCGAAGCUGGUAGUGUUAUUCCAGUCUCGCAAAGCGUCUCCCCUGGCCGUUGACUCCAGGAACCGGUCCUUGGUGCACUACAUGACUAAUAUUGUUGGUUCAAACCUCCCAUACUGUGUUUCAGUUUUAACAAAUUGGGAGAUUCUGCUCGAAGUCCUGAAUUGCUUGGUUGCCUAUGGGGCUCCAGCACACGACUAUGAUUUGGCUGGAAACACACCGCUCGUCGCAGUCACCGACGACUCGCCUGGAAGAUGCGUCGUCGUUGCAGAUAUCCUUCUUCAGUCGAGCAAAGAUAUCGGUCCGGCGGCUCUCAACCUAGGUCCUGCACCACCCGGCUCCUCUCGUCCGCGUCCGAUACGAAAUGUUGGCAACUUGGUGAAGGUCAUGAGUCGCUCGGCCAAAGUUGCAGAAGUCGAACACUUGUUGAAACAUCACCCAGCCGUCAUAAACGAGCGAAAUAUAUUGGGUCAUGCACCCCUACAUGUUGCAGUACCAAAACCUUUAUGCUUAUCUCUCCUAGUACGAGACUCAUCCGGCUAUGGAGCACUGCUCAACGAGCGUGGCCCGAAUGGCUGGUCUGCCUUAGAGAUGGCCCUGAGGCUCUCGGGGUCGCAUUGUCGAAAUGGGCGGCGCCGCCAAAGAUGCCGAGGCUGCAGGUGUGCCCGGAGUGUGACUAUCCUUCUCCAGGCUGACUGCGCCGUCCCCAUGCUUCCGCGAUCUGUCUUGGCCGAAGCUUCUUAUCUGUGCAAGCUAAGGUACAUACGUCACAUGAAAAACAGGCGAGAAAGGCUCAAGCGACUUGGUCUUGCCAACCUCUCAACAGCCGAGUCUCGGGAAUUGGGCCUUUUGGAUCAACGAGUUUUGGAUUCUUUUGCGCCACAAGUUGUCCGCCUCCUGCAACAACGUGGUAUUCACGUCCCAGCGAGCCUACUGGUCGACAUCCCAGACCCGUCUCCCCAAUCAACGUCCCUCAACGAUGUCCUCGACGCUGAGCUUUUCUUGCGUCUCGGUUUCCGGGACACAGAUAUCUUGCAGCAUGCCCACCUGUACUUCCCUACAGACUCGUUGGAUGAUGUACCGGGGACUUUAGGUCCACUGCCGGGGAGCGCUAUGGAAUACAUGCAUUGGCUUGCUGAGCAUGGAGCAGAUUUCAUCUCUCACAAGCUCAGGUCCUUUGGCUCAGGCCGGGGCUGGUUUGCCGCUCAUGCUACAUUCUCAAGAAUCGGCGAGAGCUUGACCGACUGGACCAACAAGGCCUCUCCACUACGGCUUCCAAACACCGCCAUCUGCAGCUGGAUAAGGGAGCUUCAUGCCGUGGUGCUCCGCGCUGACAUGGCUGACGCCUGUAAAUGCAGGUGCUCGCUUGGAGGAUGCACCCCGCUGAAGUAUCUGUACCUGGGGUUGCGAAACUUUUUCUCUACACCGCCCGAUAGAGACGAUGUGACCGAAUUAGGCUUGAUAUGUGCCAAAUACCUCGAGAAUUUCUCGGCUCAUUAUGAAGCCAGACACCAUGCCGAGGCAGUUCGACACUUCACGUUCGAGGCGCUAGCCCUUCCCCAUACAUGUACCUGCUACGACGCUGUUGUGCUGUUCAGAGAGGACUCCCAGGCACGAAAUUGCCAAGACUCGGACGAGAUCGAGGACGAGCAUGCCCAUGAGCUAGAAGUUUUCGAAGAGUUGGUGCGUGAGUUCGAAGGGAACGUGCGCACCAUUCUCCAAGAUACAGACCAAGCCAUUCCUGGUAUCGUUCACUUCUGGAAACAAACUUGGGUUGACCGGGUUUGUGAGACACUAGAAUACCUCGAGGGUGGUGAUUUGUCAGAUGGCGAGAAACGGGCAGCCGAAGAGAUUGGAGUGGUGUGGCAUGAGCCUCAGUCUAAAGUACGAGAAGAGAAGAGGCCUGUCAGAGAGCAAGCCAGGAAGAUGGAAGAAGAGGAAGGCAAAGGGGGCAAAAACCCCUUCCGCGACGACACUUUGGAGUAUUGGAUAUAUCAACUUGAGAAAAUCGCGCCGAAUUAA